AUGACCAAAGUAAACGCUAAUAUCUGGAAGACAUUGCUCCGCCUUUUGGUCUUCGCAUCUCUGGGACAAGCUCAGUAUUUCAACGCCACACCACCAACACUUCCUCCAAGCAUCGCAGUUCAACAAGCUGCGAACAAGUCGACUGGGAACCCGGGAUUCUGUCCAGGAGGAACAAAGUUUUUCCCUCAGCCCAUCGAUCAUGCUACCUUCAACGGCGAUUACAAUGCCCCCAACGCUACUUUUCUCCAGCAGUACAACCUCAACGACACUUUUUACAAACCAGGCGGACCCAUAUUCUUCUUACAAGGAACCGAAAACUCUGUUUUCACUUGUCCCGAGUACUCGAUUGGACUUAAAUGGGCUCAGAAAUUCAAUGGACUCAUGGUUGGCAUCGAGCAUCGAUAUUUCGGAAUGAGUUGUCCUUAUGGACUGAACUACUCUGAGAAUGCCAAUUGGGAUUCAUCUUUACUUGCGCCGUUGACCCUGGAAAAUGCUCUUCGAGAUGCCGUUUCUCUGUUGGCCUGGAUCAAAACGGUGGCCUAUCCGACUGCAAAAGAUUCUAAAGUAAUUAUGUAUUCUGGAUCUUAUGGGGGAACUCUCGCAACACUUUUCCAAGUCCACUAUCCAGACUACAUUUAUGCUUCGAUAGCAGAAUCCUCACCGAUACGAGGUCUCAUCUCAGAUCCCAAUGACCCCUUGGCCUUUGGAAUUGGCGAUUGGAACAUGGUUUUCAAUGAUUACUCGGCAGAGGCUGCAACGACAAUCCAGCAGGGCAUGAUGGAGCUAACGAACAUGGGGACAAAAGUCCGUGCAGAGAUCAGAACCAAGCACAAAGAGGGCAUACGCCGGCUCUUCAAAUUCGCUAAAAUAGGCCUGCAACAGCUCCAGGGCUACUACCACCUAGGAGACAGCACAGUUAGGAAGAUCCUACUAUACGAUGUGCCUGAAAGAGCGCGCCCUACACGCACAGGGAGACCCAGAGAAUCCCUCAAUGAACAGGAGAGUCAGAUACUAUACUCAGAUGAGGUCACAUUUCAAGUUGGAGGGAAGAAAUGCAAGCAGAGGUGUAUUAGGAAUAAGAAGGAACGCUGUCAUCCUGACUGCAUUCAAUUCCAAAUGCAUAGAGGUGGCACUAUUCCUGUACACUUCUUUGGUGCUGUAGGCUACGGAUACAAAAGUCCAUUGAUCAACAUUCAUGGAACUGGGAAGAGUGGGGCAUUUACACAAACUGAUUACCUUGCUCAAGUACUCAAGCCUUAUAUUCAGGAUUUUUUAGCUGCUUUUGCGGCUGUUUUGGGGCCUGGGAAGACCCCUCAGUUCAUGGAAGACGGCAACUCUGCUCACGGCCACAAGACUACUAGCAAUAUUUGUGCUACUUGGCGUACUUCUAUGGGUAUUACUCUAUUCCCCCAUCCUGCAGUUAGCCCUGAUAUGAAUCCUAUUGAGAAGUGCUGGAGGAGAAUAAAACAAGCUCUCCAUAGGCGCCUAAGGCAGCCAACAACUGAGGUUCAAAUGGUUGUAGCAGUAUUAGAAGAAUGGGACAAAAUUCCUCAGGAAUGGAUCAAUGGGCUUAUUGAGCAGCAGGACUUCUGGUCUUCCGACCUCCUCACCGCAAUCCUCAAAACAUACGCCAGCAUCGUCCAAGGAAACUACGCAUCGACCAAGUAUCCCUUCCAGCAGACCCUGAACGCCACCCUCGCCGCCAACAUUUCUCUGUCCGCUAUCAGCUCCGCCAUCUCCAUCAGCAACACAGUCAACAAAGCCCCAUGUCUGGACUGGAACCCUUCCUACAGCACAAGCGGCACCGAAGGCCGCGCCUUCACCUGGCUCCGCUGCACGCAAAUUCCCUACCCGAACCCCUUCUCCACCGCCGAAACCAUCUGGGGCCCCAUCCUGCCAGAUUACACGCAGGCGCACCUCAUGGAUCCGUACUGCCAAGCGGCAUUCAACAUGAGCUCCAUCGACGGCGGCGCAGCUUUGCAGAGAAAGCUGGGCCUGGAUCAGUAUACGCUCGAGAAUACGGAGCGGCUGCUGAUGACGGAACAUUUGCUGGAUCCGAUUGCGGCGUACGGGCCGUUGUCGUGGAAUCCCGGGUCGAGUCGGCAGAGGAGUCGGAUUAUGUAUAUUGGGCAGUCGGCGCAUGCGGAGACGCUGCAGCCGCCUGCAAGGACGGAUUCGGAGGCCUUGGUUAUGGCGAGGAUUUAUAUCUCGAACUCGAUUGCUGAAUGGCUUUCUUAG